AUGAAAAUUGGGGGCCAGACUGUGGACUUUAUGGUUGAUACUGGAGCUGAGCACUCAGUAGUCACUCAGAAAGUAGCGCCUCUCUCGGGAAAGGAGGUCACCAUUAUUGGAGCUACUGGGGACCAGACCCGGAGACCAUUCAGCCGCCCUCGCCAAUGCCAACUUGGCGGUCAAGUAAUUCAUGAAUUCCUUAGGAAAAGAUGGCAUCUCUUUUCCCCUGAGGAUACUCCUUUCCUUUAUCCAACUAGAAUCCCUUAUGAAGAAUCUAGUGUGUUUAGUAAAGUCAAUGUUGUCAAUCCUGAUGUAAAACGUUUUCCUCAGUUCCAGAAAGCUCGAAGACAUGUGGUUACACUGAGCCCAGGACAGGUUCUGUUUGUUCCCAGACACUGGUGGCAUUAUGUAGAAUCCGUUGAUCCUGUCACUGUCAGUAUAAACUCGUGGAUUGAAUUGGAAGAGGACCACCAGGCUCGGGUAGAAGAGGCAAUCGCCCGCAUGCUUGUGUGCGCCCUGAAAACUGCGGAGGACCCACACAGCACCAGGGCUUGGUUAAACCCAACGGAGGUUGAGGAAACGUCCCAUGAAGUCAAUUGUCGCUACUUAAAUAGAGCUGUUUCUGCCUUUUUUGAUCAUUACAGAACAUCUAAGACAGAAAUCCAAGCACUCAGAACACAUGGAGAGCACAUGGAAAAGGAAGAAUUCAACAUGCACAACAACCUCAUGGAAGUAGAUCAAACAGGUAGCCAGAACUUAACCUUGGGAACAGUAGGAGAGCAGGCAGCAUGUCCCUUUGGCCCUGAUCUGGUUCCCGUACUACCGAGUUCUGAAAAUCCACCCUCAGAAACAGGAGGCAUGUUUAAAAAUGAUGGUAAAGACUUUGUUGGCAAAGCUGGAGAGCACUUUGACAAAUUGCACUGUACCAAGAAGCAACGAAUGAUGAGAGGACGUGAGAAUGAAAUUGUGGAACAGGUUGCUUCAAAUAGUACUAUGGCCCCUUCCCAAACAUUCAUUUCUACAGAUGACUUACUGGACUGCUUGGUGAAUCCACAAGUAACCAAGAUAGUGGCACAACUUUUGAUACAAGGAAGGAGUUUGUGAUUGUAAUAGAAAAUGACUUUUUAAAUAUUUUAAACAUUUUUUAAAUAGUGUGAUUUUUAAAUAAAAGAUGAAACAAUGAAAAGCAGUUUGCACAGGCUUGUAUAUGUACUUGUUCUUACCUAGUUAAAUUUCAACCUCUUGCCACCUUCUUGCAUGCACAUUGCUCUUUGCCCAAACUGGCUCUUUGUUAUCUGUGAGGCCUUCUUUCUGAACCUUUUUCUUUCCUCUCCCUUCCCAUCUCCUCAGCCUAUUUCAAAUGUAAGCCCCAAGUGUUCUCGACAGGAAAUAAUCUCUCCAUUAGCCUUAAG